AUGAUUUGUAAUUGUACGCACAUUGUUUUUCUGUUUCUCCAGCUGGAGGGUUUACAGCACCUUGAUAUCUCCGACGAUAAGCAGUUCACAUCCGACGUGGCGCGGCAGCUUCUGGAGACUCCUGGUAUCCUGCCCCAGCUGGUGUCUCUGGAUGUUUCGGGCCGCAAGCAGGUGACUGAUGCAGCGGUCAGGGCUUUCGCGGAGGCGAGACCGGGCAUGACCUUCGUUGGUCUGCUGGCCACCGAUGCCGGAUUCUCUGACUUCCUGUCUGGAGAGGGCAGCUUAAAGGUGACUGGAGAGGCCAAUGAGACUCAGAUCUGUGAGGCAUUGAGAAGAUACAGUGAGAGAGAGGGCUUUGUCAGAGAAGCUCUCUUCCACCUCUUCAGCCUCACUCAUGCCAUUGAGAAACCACGACCUGACAUCCUGAAGUUGGUAGCAUUAGGGAUGAAGAAUCAUCCGGCCACACUGAACGUGCAGCUGGCAGCCAGUGCCUGUGUGUUCAACCUCACGAAACAGGAACUGGCCUUUGGAAUCCCUGUGCGACUCCUGGGGAACGUCACACAGCUGCUACUCGAAGCCAUGAAGACCUUCCCCAACCACCAGCAGGUACGUAGAAACAAGACUAAACCAUCAGGUAAAAAAUGUGAUGUAGAAAGCCCAUCGUAG